GUUUGGCUAACAAGACGCGUUUUGUAUGAGAGAUGGUGCAUCUUAAGCAAAAUUAAUCGAUUUACUUACUGCUAUCACUUGUUUUGUUGUUCUAGAAAUGGCUGUAACAUCAGACCAUAUACGUGACAAACUUCUAAAGGAGCUCACGGCAGAACACGUGGACGUGGAGGACACAUCACCCAAUAGAUGUGCAGCCAGCUUUAAAGUGCUUGUGGUCUCCUCCCAAUUUGAGGGCAAGCCACUGUUACAGAGACACAGGAUGGUAAAUAGCUGCUUAGCGGAGGAGCUGAAAGAUAUCCACGCCUUUGAACAGAAGACCCUGACGCCAGAACAGUGGAAGAAACAAAAACAAAAUUAACUCACGCAUCAUGCAUUGUGUGUAUAUAUAAAUAUAUAUAUACACAAGUGCAGUUGUUACACAUCCCCUCAGUUGCUAAUGUGCAGACAACAUAAAUGCAUUUCAGUAUCCUGCUGGCAAUAAAAACCAUC